AUGUAUAAACGCUCAAUUUUGGGAUGCUUCGCGCUCCUGUUCCCUACCUUGAUCUCAGGCGCCCCUUCGUCUGCUGCUCCGAGCACACUUGAAAAGCGUCAAGACUGCGUCUUUGACUCCGCCCUCAACCCUUCUUGCUGGGAUGGCACCCACGAUCUCUCGACCAACUGGUACGAGGAGGCUCCCAACACGGGCGUCAUCCGCGAGUACUGGUUCGAGGUCACGAACACCACCAUGGCUCCUGACGGCGUUGAGCGCAUGGUUCUUUCCAUCAACGGAACUGUUCCUGGACCUACCAUCAUUGCUGACUGGGGUGACACUGUUGUCGUCCACGUCAAGAACUCUCUUCAGAACAACGGCACCAGCAUUCACUUCCACGGUAUCCGCCAGAACUACACCAACGAGGCUGAUGGCGUUGCUUCCAUCACUCAAUGCCCUACUGCUCCCGGCGACUCCAUCACCUACACCUGGCACGCUUCCCAGUACGGCACGUCCUGGUACCACAGCCACUUUGCUCUCCAGGCCUGGAACGGUGUCUUUGGCGGAAUGAUUGUCCACGGUCCCGCUUCGGCCCCCUACGACGAGGAUCUCGGCACAAUCGUUCUCAGCGACUGGUUCCACCGCACCACCGACGAGCUUUACGAAGAAGCCGCCAGCAACGGCCCGCCCCGCGCCCAGACCGGUCUCAUCAACGGCACAGGCAUGUACGACGGCGCCGGCUCCCGCUUCACCACGGCCUUCGAGGCCGGCAAGUCCUACCGCAUGCGUCUCGUCAACGCCGCCAUCGACACCAUGUGGAAGUUCAUGGUUGACAACCACACCCUCGAGGUCAUCUCGGCCGACUUCGUCCCCAUGAACCCUUACAACACCACUGCCGUCUCCAUCGGCAUCGGCCAGCGCUACGACGUUAUCGUCCGCGCCACCGAGAGCACCGGCGACUACUGGCUCCGCGCCAUCCCCCAGCUCACCUGCAGUGAGAACGAGAACACGCUCGACAUCAAGGGCAUCGUCCGCUACGACUCUACUUCCACCGCCGACCCCACUUCCGAGGCGCACACCUACAUGGACAACUGCCUCGACGAGAGCAUGUCCAACCUCGUUCCCGUUGUCGCUCUCGAAGCCGGCCAGCAGACCUACGACGACACCCUCACCGUCGGUCUCCAGACCGUCAGCAGCCAGUUCAAGUGGACACUGAACAACAGCACCUUCCUCUCCGACUGGGACUACCCUACCGUCGAACAGGUCCUCGGAGGCAACGACACCUUCUCCACCCAGCAAAACAUCGUCCACCUCGACCAGGCCAACGUCUGGGUGCACUUCAUCAUCCAGAACCCCAUCGGCCUCGCCCACCCCAUCCACCUCCACGGCCACGACUUCUGGGUCCUCGCCCAGGCCACGGGCACCUACGACUCCUCCGUCGCACUGCAGACCGUCAACGCGCCCCGCCGCGACGUCGCCAUGCUGCCCGGCUCCGGGUACCUCGUCAUCGGAUUCUACACCGACAACCCAGGUGUCUGGCUGAUGCACUGCCACAUUGGCUGGCACACUUCCCUCGGCUUCGCGCUCCAGCUCAUCGAGCGUCCCACCGAGAUCGCGGCCAUUACCAACGAGGAUACCCUCAACAGCACCUGCGCCAACUGGAGGACCUAUGCUGAGGAAGAGUCUGUUCACCAGGAGGACUCUGGUGUCUAA